GGGCUCUCGUGGUCGCAUUGCACAAUGUGGUCGAGCCGCGACCAGCCUCCUCGUGGCCCGCCGCAGGGCAUGAACCCGCGCGCAGCGCUUCUCUACGGCGGUCAAGACCGGAAUGGCGCCGACGCUGGCCCGAAGAGUACCUACGCGAGCGGACGCAGCGGCAAGCGUAGCGCACGGGCGCGGCCGACAACCGGCCCCAACGCCUUUCUGUGCUUUCGCCUCACCGAGCCAGCAACGAUCGCGCGCUGCGAGUCGAUCCAGGAUGCGAUUCAGCGCAAGGAUGCACGGCUCGCGCAUGGGAUGAUUCCGCCGCCCAAAUUGCACUGUACGCUGCUCGUGCUGCGACUGCAUACACUGCAAGACCUUUGGCGCACCCAGGCCGUCUUGCGGCGGGCCCAGCACCUUCUAUCUGCGCUCUUUCCUCCGAACAAGACGGUCUCGCUUGACGGUGUCACGCACUUCAACCACCGUGUGUUGAUCGCGACGCUAGCACCGUGCCCCGCCCUCGGGUUCCUUGUCGAGAAUUUGCACAGCGAGCUCCGCGCGGCCGGGCUGGACCUCGCCGGCAACCAUGCACCAUACAUACCGCACAUCACGUUGUGCAAGCUGUCAUCGUACGCUUCCAUCGACCCCGCGCUCUAUGGAGCGUACAGGCAUACGACGAUUGGAGUACAACCGGUCACGAGCCUCGAGCUCUGCACCAUUGGCGGCUCGGCGCGCGCGAUCGACGGGUCCCACCCAAGCUUGUACUCAAUUCCCAACCCUCCGGUUUCCAUUUUGCUCGAUGUGCUGCUGCAACCGGGUGACGCGGUGCUGCUGCGCGGUGUCCCGGGCGCCGGCAAGUCGACGCUGGCGCGUCAUCUCCAAAGCGACUGUGACCGUCGAGGGCUCUCGAGCGUCGUCUGCACGAGCGAAGGCUACUACGCCGAGCGCAACAGCCUCGUGUUUGACGAGCCCCAAAGCGACGAGCCGGACGAUUUUUGCAACCGGACGCUCGCGCAUGCGCUCGCGGAAAAGACGGACGUUGUUGUCAUUGACAGGGCGCACCUGUCGCUGCGCAGUGUCCAAGCCACGUUGCAUACAGUGCGUCAUUGCCGCGUCUGGGUUGUCGAGCUCCACACCAACAAUGUACUGGCGUGCGUCCGGCGGUCGCAUCGCCGCGUCACGCUCCAGGCGUCGGACGAGACGUUGGAGCCGAUAGGCGCCCUCUGGGACAGAGCGCUUGUGCGUCAACUGCCCACCGACGUAUAGCAAGUGUGUCAUAUAAUGCCGCGAUUUCGUUUUCUAGUUUUUCUUAGUUUUUCUUAGUUUUGCAGAAGGUCGAGGACCAGUAGACUUUGCGAGUUGACUUGUAGGGUUAGGUCUCGUACUUGAUACUCGUCCAAGCGAGAUACGAAAUUACACAAGAAAAACGUGGUGAUUCCAAC